AUGGAUUUUGAAGGUGGUAGGACACCAAAGAAGGAGAUGGAAGGAGAAGGAGGUGUGACGGGUUCGAAGAUGAAGGGUGCUGGAAAUCAAAGUAGUAAAGAUAUGAUUUUCAGAGCUGAUAGGAUUGAUCUCAAGAGCUUGGAUGCUCAAUUGGAAAAGCACUUAAGCAGGGUUUGGUCGAGAAAUACUAAUGAGUCGAAAAGGCCUAAAGAAGAAUGGGAGAUUGAAUUGGCGAAAUUGAAUUUGAGAUAUAUUGUUGCUCAUGGGGCUUAUGGAACUGUCUAUAGAGGCACAUAUGAUACUCAAGAUGUUGCAGUGAAAGUGUUGGAUUGGGGUGAUGAUGGUGUUGCCACUGCUGCUGAAACUUCCGCUUUACGCGCAUCUUUUAGGCAGGAGGUUGCCGUCUGGCACAAACUUGACCAUCCAAAUGUCACAAAGUUUGUCGGAGCUUCAAUGGGAACUUCGAAUCUUAAGAUUCCUUCAAAAAACUCUACCGACAAUCAAGAGACCCUUCCUUCUAGGGCAUGUUGUGUUAUCGUCGAGUUUCUCACUGGUGGAACGCUGAAACAAUACUUGAUAAAAAACAGGCGGAAGAAACUUGCGUAUAAGAUUGUGGUUCAGCUUGCUUUGGACCUCUCCAGAGGUCUUAGCUAUCUGCAUUCGAAGAAGAUUGUUCAUCGUGAUGUUAAGUCGGAGAAUAUGUUGCUAGAUGGUAACCGGAAUCUAAAGAUAGCUGAUUUUGGAGUUGCUCGCGUGGAAGCUAUGAAUCCAAGUGACAUGACUGGUGAAACUGGGACCCUCGGAUAUAUGGCUCCCGAGGUUUUGGAUGGUAAACCUUACAACAGGACAUGUGAUGUCUACAGCUUUGGCAUUUGCUUGUGGGAAAUGUAUUGCUGUGAUAUGCCUUAUCCUGAUCUAAGCUUUGCUGACGUGUCCUCUGCUGUCGUCCGUCAGAACUUACGACCAGAAAUCCCGAGAUGUUGUCCAAGUGCAUUGGUGAACAUCAUGCGUAAGUGCUGGGAUGGUAAUCCGAGCAAACGUCCGGAAAUGGAGGAGGUGGUGAGAAUGCUGGAAGCACUGGAUACAAGCAAAGGUGGCGGAAUGAUACCGGAAGAUCAGAGUUCUGGUUGCUUUUGUUUUGCACCAGCUCGUGGUCCUUAA